CCACACUUGCCUUAUCCGCACGCGCACCGGAGCCCGGACGAGCAGCGCGACCCGCCCGGCGCGCCUUGCACUCUGACUGCGACUCUGCGGACAUGUCCGUGCUCUCUGCCCGCAUUCUAUGUCUCAAGACAUAAGCUCGAGAGGACGAGUGCGAGCGUUCUGACAACGAAGUAUUGCUCCGAGGCGCAGAGGCUGUGGCACGCAUCGACUCCGGGCCACCUCACAGAAGCCCCAGAUAUCGCCCUUACUAUCACACAAACACUCGCGCUGCUCGAAGACACCGUUUCGGCGCGCGCUGAGGCGACGGAGGGACGACUCGGAUGUACACGAACGCGGCCGCGGAGAACGCGCUCGGGACGCUGGGCGCGCUCUGCUGGACGGUGCAGCUCGUCCCGCAGAUCUGGAAGAGCUGGCGGACGAAGUCGACGGAGGGGCUCUCCCCGUGGUUCGUGCUGCUGUGGGGCGUCGCCGCGGGGUUCAUGGGCGUGUAUGCAAUCGUGCGGGACCUCAACGUCCCGCUCGUCCUCCAGCCGCAGCUCUUCGGCUCGCUGUGCCUCGCGGCGUGGGCGCAGUGCCUGUACUAUGGCACUGUGCGCUGCCCACGCGCGGUGUGCGGCGCGCUGUAUGUGGCGGCGCUCGCGGCGUUGGCGGGGUUUCAGGUCGGGGUGGUGUAUGCGGUGCGGCCGGCGUAUGAGCGGGGGGAGGGGCGUGCGGUGGAGGCGGUUGGGAUAGUAUCAUCGGUGACACUCUCGCUCGCACUCUUCCCACAGUACUACGAGAUCUACGUGCACCGCGAGGUCGUCGGGAUCUCCGUGCCGUUCAUGGCGAUCGACAUGCUCGGUGGCGUCCUGAGCGACCUCUCGCUUGCGUUCAAGCCCCCGCCGUUCGACGCCGUCGCCGCGCUCAGCUACUCGCUCGUUGUCUUCUUAGACGGGCUCGUCCUCCUCGCGGCGGCGAUCCUCAACCCGCUCGCGAAGCGACGCCGCAAGCGUGCCGCUGCCGCAUCACUGGCGGCUCCUGCACCCAGGGAGCUCGCCAGCGAUCCAGAGAGCCUACCUCGGUCUCCGUCGGCGGGCAGGGAUGCCGAGGCGGUUACGCUGUCGACGAGGGCGUCGUUGCGCUCGAGUAGCAGUCGCCCUUCGCCGGGGGAUGCGGAUAGGGAUGCGGAGGAGGGGUGAGUGCGUGGAGGGUUGGGACGGGUUUUGUAGGUAGACUAGAAUGGCUGGGUGCGGGGGGACG